UCUUGUGCAUGCUUGCCUUAUCUGCGUCGAUCCAAUUUGAUUACUUGAUAGGGGAAAAAAAAUGAUUACAAGAAAAUUAAACGAUAAGUUCAUAUAUGUUGUCAUUAUUGAGCUUGUUCUUCACUUGAAGAUUUUUUACUGUAGAAAAUAGCAUGGUUACUUUCAUCACAGUAGUUAAAUACUUCAAUUAUGCGACAAAAGUGUAGCAGAAUGUUCGAUGUUUUAGAGAAGAAAGAAAGAUUAAUCUUAACUUUCUCAACUAGUAGUAUCUACUCUCCAUUAUUAUCAAGGUUUAACUUUCAUCUGUUCAAUUUUAUUAAAGCUUCAAAAAAUUGUUUCAAUUUUCGCAGUUUUGUCACGGAAGUAGGGCAGGCUUUUUUGACACCACUAGACAGUCGUCCCACCUUCGUUACUUUUUUUUUUUAUAAAGUUUGGGGGUCUUUUCCUAAACCUACUUUCCUUCUCUAAUUUCAAGAAUUGGGCUUUAAGCCCUUCUCCAGCUCAACAUGGGGCAGACAGACAAUACUUUCCAACUCAACUUGUUAUUUUUUUUUAUGUGGGAAUUGAUCUAGAAGGUGCAGAAUGAAUCUAAAUCAUCAGAAUUAGAAUAAAAAAUGUACUGUUGGUUUUGUCAGCAAUGAUGCCAUUAAUUUCAUCUUAUUACUUGUCUUUCUGUAACCUAAUCUAUUUGAUUAGGUAAUAUAAUUCCUGUCCUAAUUCGUGAAUAUGACAUAGACGGCUCGUUUACUAAGGAACAAUGUAUAGUACUAAACACUAUUAAAGAAAAAAUAUAAGUUUUAAACAUAACUGAUGAAUACAGAAAAGAAAAUGACAUACAGAAGAGUGCAGAAUACUAUUGUGCAACAUUUUUGGUAUAAAUAAGUACUUGAUAAACUAAUACAGUAGAAGAACUGGAGAUUUAACUUGCGACUUAAUUUAUAGGCCAGAGAUGGAGAAAGGAAAAGGAGAUUAUAAUGCUCAUUGUCUGAUCUUACCAUAUCCAAUCCAAGGUCACAUAAAUCCCAUGCUCCAAUUCGCAAAGCGUUUGAGGCACAGACGAGUUAAAAUCACGCUUGCAGUAACGAAGUUUCUGUACAGCACAAUGCAAGAAUUUCCGGAAUUUGUUUCUAUAGAAACAAUCUCCGAUGGAUUUGACGAGGGAGGGAGGGCUCAUGCAGGGAGCUUUGAAGAAUACUUUGAAACAUUCAGUCGAGUUGGCGCAGAAACUUUGAUGAAACUUCUUGAAAGGCUUAAAAACUUGGAUUGUGCUGUUGAUUGCAUAAUUUUUGAUCCAUUUCUUUCAUGGGGCUUUGAUGUUGCAAAAAAAUCCGGGCUAUUAGCCGCGUUGUUUUUCACUCAAUCGUGUGCUGUCGACAAUAUUUACUACCAUGUAUACAAAGGGGAAAUUAAGCUUCCUCUUUCAGAUGACGAAAUUAUCAUUCAUGGAUUGCCACCACUAGAGCCUAAAGACACUCCUUCUCUCAUUUACAUUCCUGGAUCACACCCCACGGCUCUUAAAAUGCUCGUGAAUCAGGUCGAGCACCUCGGGGAAGCAGACUGGACAUUUGUCAACUCAUUUUACGAGUUGGAACAAGAGGUAAUCGACUCUAUGGCAAAGUUUUCGCAUGUAAAGACAAUUGGACCAACCAUACCAUCAAUGUUUAUAGAUAAGCAACUACAAGAUGACAAAGAAUAUGGUCUCAGUAUCUUCAAGCCUAACACUGAUGCUUGCAAGAAAUGGCUCGAACAACAAGCACCUUGUUCGGUCAUUUACGUAUCGUUUGGAAGCUUGUCCGAGGUAGGACCUGAGCAAAUGGAGGAAUUGGCAAAGGGCUUAAAAGCUAGCAACAAGUAUUUCCUGUGGGUUGUUAGAGCAUCAGAAGAAUCGAAACUUCCCAAAAAUUAUGCAGAAGAAUUGUCAGAAAAGGGACUAAUAGUUUCAUGGUGUCCUCAAUUAGAGGUUUUGGCACACGAAGCAUUAGGUUGUUUCAUCACACAUUGUGGGUGGAAUUCGACUCUGGAGGCCUUGAGUUUGGGAGUUCCUAUGGUUGCAAUGCCAUGUUGGACUGAUCAAAGCACAAAUGCUAAAUUUGUGAGUGACGUAUGGAAAACCGGGAUCAGGACUUGGCCUGAUGAGAAAGGAAUAGUUCGAGAUACAGAGAUUGUUCGUUGCUUGGAACUUGUGAUGGACAGGGAGAAAGGGAAAGAAAUUCAAACAAAUGCAAUCAAAUGGAAGAAAAUGGCACGAGAAGCAGUUGAUAAAGGGGGAAGCUCGGAUACAAACAUCGACGAAUUUGUUUCUGCAUUGAUGAAUCCUCCCAUCUGAUUAAUUUGAUUGACAUUAAUUACAGAAUUGUAUUUCACUGUGUUCAGUCGAUCUAUUAAUGUACAACCUCCCCAUCAAGAAUAAAUAAAAUUGUCCUAUCUUAUCUAAUAUAAAUCAAGCUUUUAGACUGA